AUGUUCUAACCAUAAUUCUCAUAUGAACUUUAAUCAAAACCUUUCUAUGAAUUAUCACUCUGUUUUGCAAUUGCAAUCAACCAUAAUAAUAACUAAUUAAUUGCUGGCGAUUAUACUUAAAUUAAAUUAUUUCAAUUCAAAGAUGGUGUAUUGAGAUUAUUGAAAAUUCUUAAUAAUUCUGGUGAUAUGACUACUCUUAAUUAUUUUAAGACAAAACCAAAUUUUAUAUCUGGUUCAUAUGAUGCCUUACUGAAACUUUGGCCAUAAACCAAUAUUUCAUCUUCAAAAUAUUUAGUAAAAUUACCUAAGUGUUCUGAUAGUAUUAAUUGUCUAGUCAUUCACCCUAGUGAAGAUCUAAUAAUUUGUGGUUCAAAUUCUAUUGAAUUUUGGUCUUCUUCUUCUGAAAUUACAUAGCACUAAUAAUGGGUUUAAUAUUAAACUAUAAGCCAUGAAAAUUCAAUUUAUCUUGGAUUAUCAUUGAAUUAAAAUGGAGAUGAAUUAAUUUCAUGUGGAAAUAAUAAUGUAAUCUUGGUUAUGAAGGGUUCAAAUACAUAAAAAUGGAUUAUUAUUAAAACAAUUAAUGUAGAAAAUAAUGGUGCUAGAUUGGCGUACAUUUCAGAUCAAAUAUUCGCAUUUUAACCAUAUAAAUCAAAUUACCUUCAAAUCUACACUUCCAAUAAGCUAUCAGGAGACUAUAUUAAAUCCUAAGAUAUUUCAGUCAAAGGAGGUAACGAAUCCUGUUAUGAAUAUUUUUCUGCUAUUUAUGUUCCCUAAAAGUAAAUUAUCCUAUUCAAAAAUGGUCAAACUAUAAAUAUUAUUCAUAUAAGUAGUACUAAAUUAGAGUAAUAAUAAGAUAUGCAAUUUAAUUUAUUGCAAAGCAUACAAUUUAGAACAUAAAGUAUAUUUGGAACAAUGAGUGAUAAUGGUGAAUAUCUAAUUACUUGGGAUUAUCAUACUGGUUAAAUUUAAUUAAGAAAAUACAUGAAAAAAUAAUGA